UACUUUUCCCCAGGGAAGAUUCUGGACCAGCUGAUCUAUACGAAUGUGCCACUCAAUGUGCUGGAGCUGGGCACCUACUGUGGCUACUCCACCAUCAUCAUCAUUGCCCAGGCCUUACCCCUUGGUGCCCGACUCUACACCAUCGACAUCAACCCAACAAAAGCAGCAGUGACAGAGAAGGUGAUAAGAUUGGCUGGAUUUGAUGAUGACACAGUGAUGACAUUUGAUGAUGACACUGGGGCUCAUUUAUCAACACUGGGCAAAUUUGCACAUGGGCAGUUACCUAUAGCAACCAAUCAGUACACAGCAAAAGUACACUCAAGGGUGUGCUACACAAGGAAUAAUGUCCCCAAACUGCAGGUGGGACCCUCUGAUGAACUGAUUUCGCUACAGAAAGUGGACUUUAUUUUCAUGGAUCAUGGCAAGUGUUGUUACCUGCGGGACCUGAAGCUGCUGGAGGAACUGGGGCUCCUGCAGGAGGGAAAUGGAACCAUCAUCCUGGCUGACAAUGUCCUGUUCCCUGGGGCCCCCCAUUUCCUCCAAUACGUCAAGACCUCAGGCAAAUACAACUGCAGAAUGCACAGAAGGAACCUCGAGUAUUUCCGUUAUAUCCGGGACUCCAUGACGGUGCUGACAUAAACUAAACUCAAAUAAACCCUUUAUACACAGGCCGGGCACAUGGACUUCCUACUUGUCAUUAGACUUGUACCUGAAGGUCCAGGUGGGAUCUGGGAGGGGUGAUUGUAAUGUAUGAAAGCUGCCCGACGACCCCCCUCACAGCUGUAAUGAUGCCAUUGUACCCCAUUCUGAGCAAUGAGCCCCACCCCCAGCCCCUUCUGGGUACCACUAGUUACAGUCAGAGGACAUAAAAUGAAUGGUGGUAAUAAAAGGUUUUGUCUCUGAUAUUAAACUGUGUUUGUGCAUCCGGGGUGAGUGUGGGGCAGAUCAGAGGCAUUAUUGCCCCCAUA